UUUCAAAAUCUAAAUAUCCGAACCCGAUCCGAAAUAACCGAAACCGAACUAAAAAUACCCGAACCCGAUCCGAAGUAUAGAAAUACCCGAACGGGUCCUACACCUCUAUACCGAAAUACCCGAAAACCCGAAAUACCCGAUCCGAACCCGAACGGGUACCCGAACGCCCACCCCUAUUUACCGCCAUUCUCUUAUCUCUUCGGCCGUACGACCGUCUCUCCGCCGAUCUUCCUCCGCUUUUCAGUUUGGGCCUUAAGUUUUCCUUUUCUUAAUGGGCCUAUUAAUUGCUGAUCCACCAAACCGUGAUGGCAAGCAUUAUCUGUUUCGGGAUUCCCUUGUAUCCAAUUUAUCUAGUUCCAUUUUUCUGGACGUUAUUUAACUCUCCGAUAAGAAAAACAAAGGAAAUGAAAUUGACUUUGCUUAGAUGAGACGCUAGCUAUAGAACCUAAACAACGCUAUAAAUACAAACCAUAGAACCCUAACAAGCUCAUCCUCUCAAGAAAACAAAAAAGAAGUGAUUCGAUCAUGCAAAACAGCCAGCUAGUAUUUUACUACCCCGUUAGUUUCUCACCGCGCCACCGUUCGAACUGCUGUUUUUCCAUCACGCUAAAGAGUUUCCGACGAGAUGUUUAGCGUCCCAUCACCGGAAAAGAACGACUCUUCGGACAGACACAACUUGAUCCUCAGUUCGAAAUCCCUUCAAAACUUCUAGCAUUCGGCUCCGUGGAGACAUGCCUACAACACGUGUCUCUUGUUUUGAAACACGUUGAGUCGAGGGUUCUUGAAACUAUGGUUUUGUACGCCAUUCAGCUCUUCGGAGAAAGCCAAGGAAGAACAUUCGAGCUCAAAGCUAAUGCGGAAGAUGUCGAGUUGCACUUGAUGGAAGAAAGUAAAGGCUGGAGAACUUGUAUCCCUAAGUCGAUUAAUGAACCGGUCGAUGAAUGUAGUAUCUGCUUUGAGGAUCUAUCCGACGUGGACGAGGAAUCUAUAGAGUUACAUGAUUGUUCUCAUGUGUUUCAUAAAGUUUGUCUUUUCCAGUGGAUUUGGAGCAAAAGCUCUUGUCCUUUAUGUCGUCAUCCUAUUUAUUGUGGAAAACCAAAAUCUUAGGGUUUUUCCUUCUUUUUUUUUGGAAGUGUCUAUUUACUUAAAUAUGUGAUUAUUGUUUAUUAAUUUGUAUUUUAUCUCAUUGGUUGAGUCUCUGGUAUAAAUACUCGACGAAUUCGCACUUUACGUUUUGUUUCAUUAUCUGAUGAUAAUCUGACCAUGCAUGAGAUUAUCUAUACUAUAAGAGAAAACAGAGAAACUAUGUGAACCGAAUUGUUUUAAGAACUUCAAUCAGAAAACUCAUAGUAGUUUAAGUUACCAAAAUACAAAAAGCAAUCUGGAAGAUGAAUCAUGCAAAGAGUAGAUAGAUAUUUUUUUUGGGUAAACAAAAAGUUGUUUUCACCCUCUUUAUCAGAAACCGAAGCAUUGUAAAUAGUAUUUCUAAGGUUUAUCAAGAGCUGUCUAGUUCCGGUGAGUAAAUAGAUAUUUCACUUGUGUUUUAAGUAUAUGACUAAUUAACGCCGAUGAGAUGGAUCGUUCAAGAGUAAUAUCUACGUCACUUGUGUGUUAAGUAUGAUCGCAACCUCAUAUGGUUAUAAAUGAUUUAACAAGAACCAAACAUGGCUCCAGUUUCAUAUUUUGUAUUCGUUUUUUUUUUUACUUUGCUAAUUUAAAGUUAAAAAGAAAUCAGAGACUACAAUAUUUCCAGCUUUGUUUUAAGGUUUAGUAUUCAAUGAAAGUAACAACACCAAAGGAAGUGUAUCUGAUAGAAUUAGAAGAACAUAUUAAGAUAACUACAUGCAAUUAAGAGAGAGCAACACUCAGAAGCCUCCUCUUACUCUGGAACCGGAACUAGACUAGGAACAAAAACACAGCAACGACUACGAAAUGUCUGAUCAUACCAUCGAUGUUGUCCUGUCUCAACUUGUUUCUCGACCACACCUUCACCUAUUUGGUAAACUUUGACGUAUUUCUCUUCAUUUUGGACAUGUUCUUCCUCGCACCAUAACAUGAUCCUAUUGGUCUUGUGGAUGAAGAAUGUCAUAUUAAGGAAAUACCAACGGGAUAAUAUCGGGAGAUAUGGGGGAGUCACAUUAAAAUACUUGCUCCACGAGACAAUCUCAUCAGUCACAUUGUUUGUAACCCACAACUGAAUCUUCCCAUAUUUUUCUUUAGAUAACAAAGAAAGCCUAUCUCCUCUGAAACCUGAUAGGCGUGGUAUAACCCAAUCACAAUCACCAUCACGAGUUAUAAAGGGAAGACAGCAUCUGUCUUGGAAUAUCUCUCUAGAGAAAUCAAAACACUGGAUGAAGAAUUCAGUUAUGACUUUAUCAAAAUUCUGUCUCUCAGCAAACCAAUACAUUUUUCCAUCCAUAGACACAGCUUGAUCAUACCAUGCAUACCAUAAAUACGCACAUGAGUAAUCAACACUUCUCCAGAGUUGAGUCUUGAACUCAUAUAUCUCAACGCCAUUAUUUCUUGAAUCAUAAUCAUGUCCUAAUCCUCUACAAAACCUCAAGAUCUUGUAGUUGUCACGGGAUACAUUGUCGUAUCCAAAACCGUAGAUACCCCAACACACUUUGAUCGAAUUCAAGGCUUCGAUCCAUUUGAUUUGGCUCAAAAACGGAUUCCAAACUGCGAGUUUUUUUUCUAUACUAUCAGAUCUUCUACAUUCACAUAGCAAUAAUCCAUCGCAAUGAAUCAUUGAAUAAAUACAAGAUGGACCUUGUAGACUUGAAAGGGAUAGGGUCUCAACAUUAAUGAACUGAUACAACUUAUGAUCAGGGACUUGGAUGAGUCCUUCCCGGGAGAGUUCCAAGUGUUUGUAGAUGAAUCUACUGUCGUUUAAAAGAGUUUCGAGCAUCAACCUGCUGUACUCAUGUGAAAAUAUAUAUUCUAUUAAAACAGCAGUAUGGCCUAUUGAUAUAAGUUAUGUCCAAUUAAUUAUUUUCAACCAUACUAACUGCAUAUAAUUAUAUAUAACCACCAGCAUAAUAAUCGGGCAGGCCAUGUUUACUUCAGCAUAAUAAUCGCACGACUGCAUAGAACUAAAUAUAAACAUUAUAUCGUCGAUGUAACCACCAUUUUUCUCCGAUCUAUACUUAAAGGUUUCUGUCAUCUUGUAUUUGGUACCUAAUUAAAUGGCCAAUAUAUAAUUUAAAUUCUGAAUAUAUUUUAAAUGUGUAUUUGAUAUUAUUAUGGAAGUACUAUUUAUAAAGAUAUACUCUAUGGGAUUUAAUUAAAAGAGUUGUUAAAAAAUUUAUUUGAUUAAAAAUUAAUAUUUAUUAAAUGUGAUUUUACUUAAAGUUAAUGAAGACCAUAUUAAUCCAUUUACACACACACACACACAUAUAUAUAUAACAUAAUAUAUUACAAAUUAUUAUUUUCAAAAAACUUUUCAAAAAUUUUGUUUGGUUUUCGGUGCGGGUUGGAUUUAAUAUUGAUUUUCGGAUAUAAUUUUUUAAGAACCGUUAGAGUAUAUAGGCCAUAUCUAAUAGAGUAUGAAACUUUAAUUUUUGGGUCAAUUCCGAAUUGAGUUUUUUAAGUAUGAAUAUUCUUGACUAAUUAUGUUAGGUAACUAUUAAAAAAUAUAAUAUGUUGCACACUUUAGAAGUAAAGUUUAAAAAUAAUUUCUGAAAUGCAUAUGGUAUAAGUGUAUAAUUAUGUAACUUGACUAUUUAAUAUAGUUAUCAAAAAUUAUAUUAAAUUAAUAUUAAACACAAAUAUGAUUAUAAAAAUAGUUUUUAAAAAAUAAAAAAA